AUGCGUCUGCGGAGCUGCGUUAUGGCGCCGAGCGGGCAGCGCGCGCUGCUUCGGCUGGCCGCCCCCGCCCCCGCCCUCGCCCUCGCCCUCGCCGUCGCCCUCGCCGCCUCGGAGGCACAGCUCGAGACUGCGCCGCCCGGGGGCUGCGCCUUCGAGGGCGGGGCUCUGUCGGAGGGAGCGGCGGCGCGCGACCCCAGCGGCGCGUGCGCGCUCCUCCUCUGCAGCCGCGGCCCCGGCGGACACCUCGCCCUCCACGUCCUCACGUGUUCAAACAUCCCACUGCAAAGCGACAUUGAACGAGAGAGCAACAUUUAUCCGUUCUGCUGCCCGUAUCCUGACAUAGAAAGGUCAGAGUAAUUAAAUUGAAGAUUUCUCCAAGGUGCGAGCAAACUAACACGACCAACUGAAUACAUUUUGACGAAUAGUUUCUUGUUGUAUUGCUACAUAUUACAAGAUUUAAGAGACAUGAAAAAAAUAUAGAACAAUAUUAUGAAUUAAUUCAAUUUCGCGUUCAGAAAAGAUGAAUGCAAUACAUAAAAAGCUGUGAAAAAUAUUAUGUGCUGAAUAUAUGAAAUGAUUGUGCCAUCAAAAGAUUGAAGUUACUGUCUCAAAAGACAUAAAUAAUGCAUUAAAAUUCGUUAGGUGAAUAUUGUGUAUUUAUUUAAAUAAAUCGUUCUUAAAAUUUGCAUUGAUUUAAACAAAUAUAGAUAUUAAUAAUAUAGUUUUAUGUAUUUUGAUUGUAUUAUGUUUUGUAUUAUGA